AUGUCUGAUUUAACAUUAUUGAAAGAAAAACACAUAAAUUACAUCGAAGCAUUAGAUAAAAAGAAAGAUGACUACGAAUAUUGGCUAUCCGAACAUCUACGUUUGAAUGGUGUCUAUUGGGGGUUAACAGCUCUUUGUAUUCUGGAUGCUAAACAUGCAUUUACUAGAGAAUCGGUUAUAGAAUUUGUUAUGAAUUGCUGGGAUCCUAGAAGUGGUGGAUUUGGUCCCUUCCCUCGUCACGAUUCUCAUUUAUUGAGUACGUUGUCAGCGGUACAAAUUUUAGCUACAUAUGAUAGUUUGGCCAUUUUAGAGGAGACCAAUAAACUAGAAGACUGUACUAAGUUUAUAAUCAGUAAUCAAUUGCCUGAUGGUAGCUUUCAAGGUGAUAGAUUUGGGGAAGUUGAUACGAGAUUUGUUUACACAGCUCUUAACGCAUUGUCAAUUUUAGGGAAACUAUCUCCAGAAAUAGUAGAUCCUGCUGUAGACUUUAUCCUAAAAUGCUAUAACUUUGAUGGCGGAUUUGGAUUGUGCCCAGGUGCUGAGAGUCAUGCAGCACAGGCGUUUACUUGUCUAGGUGCCUUAAAAAUUGCUAAUAAGCUUGAUGCUUUAACACCAAAACAGAUAGAGGAGACAGGCUGGUGGUUAUCAGAAAGACAAACUCCAGGUGGUGGAUUAAAUGGUAGACCUAGUAAAUUACCUGAUGUUUGUUAUAGUUGGUGGGUAUUAUCUUCACUUUCUAUAAUUGGGAAAUUAGACUGGAUUGAUUAUAAAGGUUUAAGGAAUUUUAUAUUAGAAGCUCAAGAUAAAAUAAAAGGUGGGAUUAGUGACAGACCCGAUAAUGAAGUAGAUGUUUAUCAUACCGUAUUUGGUUUAGCUGGUUUAAGUCUGAUGGGAUUUUAUGAUUUAGUACCGAUCGAUCCAACUUAUUGUAUGCCCACUUCUGUAACUAAAACUUUUAAGAAAUACCCCUAUGAAUUAAAUAACCAAUGA